AUGACCAGGUACCGGGCGCUGAUGUCCGGAUCUGCUUGUCUUGCAGCGGCCUGCGACGCCGUUGGCAUCCAGCUAGACGGUUGCAUCCUCCACAACGCCCUUGUCGACGCCUAUCUAACCACUCGGCUCUUCCUUGUUCUUGACACCGCGGCGAGCGUAGCGAGCACUGCUGUUGCGCGGGCGGUACAAGUCACUGCCACGCGAUCGGUCCAGCGCUUGACAACGCAUGCGCAUGGAACAACCAACGAUGAGUUUGAUGAUGAUGAGCCCAUGAGCCAUGCCACCAAAGCGGCCAGCGAUUGA